CACACAAAAAAGCGACAUUGAAUUAUACUCAAUAUUGAAACCGUGAAUUAUUGAUCCUUUAAUGCUAUUUGGAGGCAUAAUAACUCUAAAUUUCUAAGGGUGGUCUGGUUAUCGUGUGUCUUGGCGGGUUGUCGCGCCUCAGCCAUCCCCGCGGUGGUCAACAAGGGCAGCAGCAGCGGGAGGAGGUCGUCGUGUGUUUUCCCGUUUCCUCCCCGCCACCGCCUCGCCCUCCCCGCGGCGCCCAUGCAGGGACCACGACGAUGAACUCCCUCCGCAAGUGGUUCUACAGGCCGAGGAAAGAUGACCAUUCUCUUAUGGCACAGUUCUACUAUGCCGAUGAGGAACUCAAUUUGGUGGCCGCCGAGCUGGACAGCUUUGAUGGCCGCAAGGACCCGGAGCGCUGCACUGCCCUCGUCAACCAGCUGAGGCACUGUCAGGACAGGGUGCUCAACAUUUGCAUAGAAAUGAUGGAUGAAGUCAUACCCAGUGAACGCGCUGCAAGGGACUUUCGUGUCAAGUUUCCUGAUGAUGUUAUGCAAGAAAACCUCGCUGGUCAGCUUUGGUUUGGAGCAGAGUGCCUUGCAGCUGGGAGUAGCAUCAUGAACAGAGAGGCUGAAAGCUCCCAGAUGAGACCCCUCGCCAAGGCUGUCACCAAGACUAUUGAGACGGUUAGAAAUCUACUACGAGAACAGUGCCUCAAGCCAGUGCCUGAAUACACAGAGAAAAUCAGAGAAAGCCUCAAGAUUUUUGAUCGUUUAUUUGCGGAAUUUGAACUGAAUUAUGUGAGUGCGAUGGUUCCUGUGAAGACCGUGGAGGAGCAUGACGUGCAGCAGAGUGUGGUGGUGCUGUUCUCGGAGACAGUCCAGAGGGCACUGAAGUUGGGUCUUACAUCCCAAGACCAAGUAGAUGAUUAUGACCCAGCGCUCAUGUUCACCAUCCCCCGCCUGGCCAUCGUGGCGGGGCUCAUCAUGUUCCCUGACGGCCCCCUCAACCUGGACCGUGAACCACGCUCACUGUCAGAACUGUUCAGACCAUUUAGGACUCUACUGACCAAGAUCCGAGAGCUGCUGUGGACCAUGACGUGCUCCGAGCUGGCAGCGCUGGAGAAAGCUUUAUGCUCCAUGGACGAGCCUGAUCCUACUUCCGCACCCUUGCUGGCUGCCGACACUCCACCAAGUUCUGCUUAUGGCCGUGCUGCCUUUACAUCAGACUUCGUCCAAAAGUUUUAUGCCAACCAUCCAUCCUGCCGCAUGGUUCCCCCAGAGUUAGGCUCCCUUGGUGGCACAGGGAAGAAAUCUCACCAUGACCAUCGUAAGCGUGAGCGAACAGGCAAGAGUCGGGGCUCCCGCGCCCGUGCCCGGCAGGAGCGUCAGAGUGAAAGGUUCCUUGCCCGACUCACUGCAUCAGGGGAGGAGCGACCUCGAGCCAGACGCAGGAGCAGGCGCCACCACCAUCCCCGUCCCCACCCACCCCGCCCCUCCCAGCAACCUCCUGUUCACGACAGUGAUAGUGGAGAUGAAGGCCGCCACAGUCACAGCCGCGUUCCCCCACCCUUUCCACUGCCCCUCCCCCAGGAUCAGGAACAGUCUCAUCAACUACAAUCCCAACAGCCUAUGACAAGAAUCAAGACCAUUGCCUGUUCCUGUGGCUCAAUGCCUCCAGGAGCUGCCCAACCCUCUUCCCUGCCAAGCUCUGUCAACUCUGCUCAAUCUUAUGCUGAUACUGCCUCUACCUGUGAUACUGCCUGUGAUAGCACUCCAGUCCCUGGCCCUCAAGCUAGGUGCCCCUGUCCUGCAACAGACCCCAGUGAUGGGACUGGGGAGGCAGGAACCCUGGUGCAGGCAGCAGCCAGACUGUGUGUGACCCAAAAUGAGGAGCAGGAGGGACCAGACUUGGGUGAGAGUAUGAGCCAAGCCAUGGAAACUGCUUCCACAUCUAAGGAUGUUAGCUGUUAUAAGUUUGCAGAAGAGGAAAGAAGAGACCCCGAAGAGUCUUGUGAAAGGGACAGAGACUGUGAGAGCAAAGCGUCCAGGGAGGAUGCCUCAGGCACCCCUCAUCAGUCCCAUGACCCCCAGAGCCCGGGGAGUGCUCGCUGCUCCAGUGGCUCAACAUCACCUUACAACUCUGGUGCUGAGGAUGACGAGGAGGUGGCCCUUGCCCUACAGGCUGCGGAGGUGGCAGCAACGUGGAGGGCUCGGGCAAGAUUUACAGACACGCAGGACCUUAUCCACCGCCUCUUUGUGUGCAUCUCUGGGGUGGCCGACCAGCUCCAGACCAAUUAUGCCAGUGACCUCAGGAAGAUCUUGAAAUGUGUUUUCCUGAUCAACCAAAGUCCCCCGGAGGAACCUCUCCCACCCCCCAAAGGCCUGCACCGUCCAGAAGAGAACGAGGAGGAGGAGGAGGAGAGGCAGGACUGGUCAGCCUCUUCUCCAAUCCAUUCCUAUGGGGAGGAAGAGGAGGGCAUGGAAGGUCAUUCUGGUGAAGGCAAUGACUCAGAGCGACUCAGUGUGGAGAGUGCGGAAGAUGCCCUUGUGGUGAUAGGGAGCCCUGACUGCCACAUCAAUGCCACCAGCACCCACUCUCUUUCUUCCCCCUCAGACCUCCACCACCUCCACACAGAAGAGUACUCUCCUCACUCUUCACCACCACUGUCACUGUCCUCAUCACUCUCACUUCCCCCUGCACCCCCGCCACCACCUCCUCCACCCCCACUGCCACACUCGCACCCUGUGGAGCCAGCAGGCGACUCUGACACAGCCCCUUCCUCCCCCUCCAUCCCUAACUACCAACCUCCCGCAUAUUACUCACACCGCCACCACACCCACCACCAUCACCUUCUCAGUCAUCUUCCUCCCCCCACCUCCCCAACAGACAUUCCCUCCCUCUCAGCCACCCCUGAGGCAAUGGUGAGUCAGGCUGCCUCUCCCCCUCUGACGUGCCCACCCUCUAUCCAAGUGCCGGCUGCCAUAUUCAACGACCACGCACUCAUGCAGUUCUCUGAGGUGACGCAGGCUUCUGUGCCCCCCAACGUUGAGCUGCUGCCUCCAACCCAAGUCCAGUAUGCUGAGUCCUUUGCGGUGAUUCCAGAGCCAUUCACCUCAAGGUCCAGCCAAGAGCAGCAGAUGCAAAGAGACGAGGGCAUUCCUGUAGGGGAGAGAGAGUCUGGUCGCCGUCGUGGGCCUCGCCUUCAGGAGCCGCCUCCGUGGGUACCAGACCAGCAAGCUCCCCGGUGCAUGGCCUGCGGUGCUUCCUUCACCAUGGUGCGGCGGAGACAUCACUGUCGCAACUGUGGCAAGGUGUUUUGUGCCCAGUGCAGUCAGCAUGCUGUUCCUUUGCCACACUAUGGCAUUUGGAAGGCGGUGCGAGUCUGUAACGUCUGCUUUCUGUACUACGUAACCUUCACCACUGACUCCACCACAACCACCUCUUCCUGACCCCCCCACCAUUGCUGGGGAAGCAACCAUCACUCACCCUGGUACCUCCACUGAGGCCUGGGAUUCGUGAUGGUAAAAAAAAGUUGUUGGCAAGCGAAACACAUCUGCUUCAGUUUCAUCCUUGAAUGGACGAAAACAAACUUGUAACUCGCAAGUAGUCAUAAGUUUUAUAGGCAGAAAUGGUAACACUCAUUUUGAGAAUUAUUGUUGUUAGUUAAUUUAGGAUAAAUAGUCUUGUAUAUUGGACUAGCCAUUAACCCUCAUCUGUAGUCUUAGUGAUACUUGUGAUAAAGAACCAUUGUUACUCUUGAUCUACUUUACAAAUUGACCAAUGCCAGUGGAAAAUGUUCAGAGAAACCAAAAAAAUAUGAUGCAGCCCAAUUUCAAUAGCUUUUAGACACCACUAAGGCAUGUACACAAAAAAAACUAUCAGUAAUGUGUAAAAAUUUACGUUAUAUCCCUAUGUAUAGGCAUAAGUGUAUAUAUCUAUAUAUAUAAAUAGUUUUUUUUUGUGGUUAUACGAAUCCAUAUGGGAGGCAAUGAAUAAUGUCUUCAGCACAUUUUCGCAAACAUUUUUGGCAGGCUGGAUUCUAGACUUUAAGCAUAGUCUGUAUGACUUUAAUAGCUGCUCCUUACUUAAUGUCAAAUGCAUUCCAGUGAAACAUAUAAUAGGAUUGUAUGUACUUAUUUUUGUAUUGAAGUUAAUUUUAUAGAAAAUUGAAACUUUCCAAAAUUUAUCUAAUGCAUUUGUGUAUGCAUACACACACACACACACACACAUGCUUAUACAUUUUAACAAGACCAGUAGUAGGGAGUUUUCAAUAACUUUAGACUAACUCAAUAUAAUGUUGUCUUUUUUACUUUACAAACUACCUGUGGAUCCUUAUUUGUCCUUCCAUUUCUAAAAAAGCCUCUUCAGCAUACACAAGGAUAGGAGGAGACUUAAAAAGAGACCAGUUGGCCUUCCCAUGGUAGUUCCUGAGAAUCCGAUAUUUUCCGUCUAUUUUCCCCAACCAUAUGGCUUAACCUCCAUUUGAAACUUUGUCAUAUUUCCAUCAACCACAUAACUUCUUGAUUUGUUCCUGAACUUGAAUUUAUCUAAUUUGUACACAGUUUUUGGUAACAGAAAGAAAUUGUGGGCUUCAACAUAUAUACAUAUACAUACAUACAUUGGAGAAGCUAACUAGCCUGAAGAUCUGUGAAGUGAGAGGAUCUAAAAUUGGAUGGAUAGUUGGCAUUAAUUUACAAGGCCACAGUAAGGUUGUGUAAUCCCUUUUCCUCAUAGGCAGGAUGGAAGGCGUGAAAUGCCUAGUAAAGGAGGCAAGAAAAUGUAACCAAUCCUGUGAAAUAUCUGUCGGUCCCUGAGCUUCUCCUCAAGUCCUGUUUGUCAUUCCUUAUCACAGCAUUAGUCUAUUAUUUGACAUUAUGAAGGAGCAGUUAUGAUUUGUUGCAUCUUUUAUUGUUGAUGAUAUCUAUUUUUGUCAUAGUUCACAUAUUGGUAAACAUUUAUUUUGUACAGUUUGUAUACCACUAGAUGUUAAUAUCAUAACUAGCAAUGUUUUCUGUACAGUUUCCAAGUCUAAACAUAAAUAUACCUGUUUGUUUUAUACAUUUUGUAAGCAUUUUAAAGAUGUUUCUCCAUAUUCAUCAGUCUGACACUAAUGAGAGGCAUCAGCAAAGCCCUGGAUGAAGUAUGGUAAGUGAACCCAUUUUCACCACGGAGUGUGAAGUUGUUCUGUGAAGUUGCCCGAUUGUCACUCUUUGUAUGCUUGAAUCAGGCAAACUGAACACCCUAUGUGAUGGGGGGAAUUGCCACUUCUCAAACCACUUGAGAAAUUUAUUUACUCAAGCGAACAAUUUCUUUUCCCAACUACUCAUUUGGUAUUGGGAACGGCCCCUGAGAUGUUAAACGGACACUCCAGCGUUGAGUCAAGGCAACCCCACUGCUUGAGGCCCUCAAGUUUUUGGGCUGUUAUGUCACUACAAUUGCAUAUAUCUUUAAAUUGUAAGUCAGUGUUAGCUCUUAUUAUUUGCAAUAUCUAUCAUUGACUAAAAGACACAGGAUAACAUGCCACCCAAUGGAAUGUACUUAACUUACAUUAGCUGUAAAGAAGACAGUCAUUAUGAAUGUUAUCCUGUAUUUAUCACUAAAAGUUUACCUAUAUAUUACUGAAAACUCCCACAGCUAAAACAAUAGAUUACCUACCAUUAUGGGUAACAUGUAGUUUAUACCUAAAUGCAAAUGUGAUCAGCAUUAAAUGGGAACAUUAGGCUGCUCAAUUUGCCUGAUUUAAACAAACAGAAGAAUGACACCUUGGAAGCUCCACUGAAAUUCUCAGCACAGUGUGACAGAAUCUGGUGCAGCUAUUUAAUGUUUUUCUUCGUCCAAGGAGUUGUUGAUAUCAGGAAUUUGCCUUUGUUGUUCAGUAGGAAUUCUUAAAUCUUCCAAUGUUACCAAGACAACUUGGUUUGUUCGGUGGUGUGCAUGAUGAGUGUACAUGUAGUACUGUGUUACAGACAGUUUGUAACAUUUGUGGGACACAUUUUUUGCUCCAGUUCUAGUGCUAGAGACUUCUGCUAUGGCCACACCCUCAGGGGGAGAGUACCUAGAAGAAACAGGGAAUCAAAGCUGUAGAUAAUUAGAUUGUUAGGUAGAUAGAAUGGUACAUUCUUGUAAGAAUAGCCAGACAACAAAGGGAGCAGUAGAGAUGCAUAUACAGGCAUCCUUUGCUAUGUGAGCGGUUUUUGUUGCUCAAAAAAUUAUUUUAAAUUGAUCAAUCAUGAACUGCCACCUUGAUAACACUAAAUGAAUACCUCAAAAAUAACUUGGAAUCGAUGAGAAAAGAGCCCCCCAACAAACUCAAAAGUUUAUUUGCAAUAAUUAUUUGUACAAAAUAUAAUUUUAUUAUUUUUUACAAAAUCAUAAUGAAACCGACAUGAAAAUAUGGGAAAAUGAACAAGACUUGAAUUCUUAAAACUGUCUUUCUGUCUGGCAUUAUUGUUUACAAGCCACUUCACCAUCUCCAAGCUUCUCUUUGCUCUUGCCAGGCCGUCAGUCACACUCAGCUCCAUAAUGUCCAGGGUGCCAAACAUCAGGCAGUGUGGUGACGUAGCUAUGGGGGCACGUGCCCCCCAUGAGGAUCCAGUUCCCCACUGGUAAUACCCUGAUACCCAUCACCGAUCUGAUCUUAGUAUAUGCUCUAAUAAUCUACUAUAUGGCAUCAGACUGCCCCUGAGCUCCACUUGCCUAGUGCCACCCCAUACUCAGCUGUUUCCCCCUAGAUGCACCCCUAAUGAUAGUUACCUAGCUUCACCAAUGAAGCAAUGGCAAGUUAAUGCAUGGCACGUGUCUGUGUGUAGGGAAGGAGCAGGAAGUAACAUUCAGGACCAGUGUUGGUCUGUGUAAGUAAACUAACAAGAUCAUGUGGCACUAUGGUAAAGUGGAGUAGACAUUGGUGGUAGAGAGACACGGUGGGUCAUGGAAGAAUAUGACCGGUGAGAGUAGAGAUGUAGGCUAUAAUGAUAUGGUUAGAUGAAAUGGAGGAUCUGAGUGUUGAAAAUAAUUAUUUACUAUUACAUAAUGAAAUAUAUUCAUCAAUUAAAACAGGACCAACUGGAGUAAUUUGCACAUGAUUCUCAUAACUUUUUCUUGCAUUGGAGAGAGUACAGCACUAAUUGUGACAUUGUCGUCGUCGGCACCUGCUUGUGUACGAGCAUUGGAACGUCCCAGAAGUCUCUGGUCUCACCUCAAUUGUGACAUCACAUAUGGAGUAAUAAGAGAAAUACUGGUUUUGGGUUUUCUCAAAAUUACUUAAUAUAAGUAACCUUGUAAUCUCUAAAACCAUAAACACACAUAUUUGUUAAUAAAUGUAAAAUGGUAAAUAGCACCACAAUCUCAGCAAUGAACAAAACUUUAAUGAAGAAGAAGGAAAUAUCACAGUGAUACAGAUGAAUGCCUGACUGUCCUCACAAAUUCUUAAAUAUCAUGAAUUUAUUUCACCAUUUUCUCCACUUCAUUUUAUGAAUUCCUGCUAUUGCCUUAAUAUGAAGAAUGUUAGUAAACUUACUUUCUGGUCUUGAGGUAAUGCCAUUGAAAAUCAUCAUCAGUAUAUAUUCCCACUGCAGGACUUGGACUUGGGACUCUUAAAUAUUUAUAUUUGUUUCUGUCUUGUGCCUCGAGCUUCCAGUAUGAGUGUAAACGUUCCAUAUUAUACGUCUUGAUUUCUGGUUUCAUCAUAUCUACUUUCCCUUGGGUCAUUAUCUCGGUUAUUUUCCAGGUUGCACCAUCUGGGUCUUUAAAUCCAUUAUUAUACAGUCUUUCCCUUUUUCAUAAUCUGCCGUACAUACUCCACAUGUAGGUAUAUGUCCUUACCAUUGUCAUUUAUUGAUUUUAAUUGCUUUUAUGUCUUACUCCACACCAUUGAAAAUAAUGUGCUUUAAAUGACAGGACACUGUCACACUCACAAACAAGCUGAGCUUCAAGUUUUUUGUUGUUUUGUUUCUUGGCUCACUGGAUCCACCAAUAAAGAUUUCUGGUUUACAGUAACUGGCAGAUUCUGAAACCAAAGUCAAGGUGAUUUUUUUGUUGUUCAGAAGACCGGUCAUGUAACUUUGCUGCUCACAGCUGUCCUAUUGCAACAGCUCCAGCAGGGUAUCAUCAUGACCAAUAGAAGUUAACUGAGGACUACAUUGAUUUGCUAGUAGAAAAUAGGUUCAUAAAUUAAUCGUGUAUGAAUGUUUGCUUUCCUUUUAGCAGGACUUCUGUUCGGACAAACUUUUUUUUCUUUGAAGAGGAAAUGAGACUCAAAGAACCAAAAAAAGGAAUGGAAACAAGUGCUGCUCCUGUAGCCUACUGAUAGCUUGGUGUCACAAAAAAUAAAACAAUGUAGUUCAUAAUUCUACCUUCAUGAAAGAAUGUUAAGUUAUAGGAAGGAAGGAUUGCAGUAGGAGGAGUGCUCUUCCAGUUUGUGAGUGCAAGGAAUGAUAAAAGUGAAGAUGCUGGAUAACUUGCAGUAUCAAAUUUGACAGCACAGUGAUGAGCUUCAGUAAAAAAAUAGAAAAGCCAUGGAAAAGGAAUGGUGGAGGGAUACAGUUAGCAAGUUUAAAAGCAAUAUGGGCAUGAAAACUGUGAAUUAGAUAGCUAGGGGAAACAUUGCAGUGGACUAUUAAUAUGAAGAUGCCCAAGAAAAGGAGGGGAGUUGGUGAGAGUAUAGUUCAGAUCAUGUGUUUAUCAGACAAGUUUUUUUUUUUUUUAUAUAUAUAUUUUUUUGUUUUAUAACCCAACAUAUUAGUCCGUGGGUAGUUGGAGUGGCUGCUGACAAGUAUAUUUAUGUUUGGUUGAAGGAUUUUCUUUUUUUUACUGUUUAGGUCUCAACUUCAUAUUUUUUUUUAACCCGCCUUCUGCCAAACAACUUAAUCCAACAUUGAUUGAUUGAUAGUUUAUUGUUGCAGGUAAACAACAAGGGAGAAGGGAGGAACAUGCCAUCCCAACCCCCAGGCAGGACAAAGUGUGAUUAUACAACUAUUAAUACAUGUGUAGGGAGCACCAUGAAAUUAAAAAGAUACAAUGGCAACAGUCGGUGGGUGGUUGGACUGGCUGCUGACAGGUAUAUUUAUGUUUGGUUUAGAUUUCUUUUCAUAUUGUUUGUUAGUGUGAUCAGAAUAUAUACGAAGCCCCAGCGUCUGUAUAGCGUGCAUGGAUUCGCGUGGACUGCAGUGCCUCACAUAAUUGCAUCGCGUUGUGUCGAGCUCCUCCUUUCUUGUGGCCUGUGACAAAAGCAGAAUAAAUGGAUGUUAUCUU